UUGUAUUGUAUUUAUGGUGUUGUUUUCUUCCAGGAACAAAACUUAUUCCAAUGGACGCUCACUGUAGUUAUUUUUUAUAAUAUUAUUGAUAGAAGCAGAACGUAGUCAGAAAAUACAGGCGCGCUGUUGUUUGACACUCUUAGCGCCCGUUCAAAUACUUAUUUCUUCACAUUUUUUAGGUAAGUCGUGAUACAAACCUACAAUGAUAGAAAGCAUCAGGAAAUAAUGUGUAAUGCAAAAUAAGCUAGCUAUUGAUAAAACACUUUAUCGACGUAACAAGGAACAAAUAGAGGACAUAUUUAAUUAAUAAAUGUAUUUAAACUUAAACUCAACCAAGUGUUUAUCAAAAAUUAGUUGAAACUAACAGAUGAGAUAUAAAAACAUUUUGAAUAGCUAAACCGCGACAAAAAUACAUUUUUACGGUUCCGUACCCAAAGGGUCAAACGGGACCCUAUUACUAAGACUUCGCUGUCCGUCCGUCCGUCCAUCUGUCACCAGGCUGUAUCUCAUGAACAGUGAUAGUUAGCCAGUUGAAAUUUCUACAGAUUAUGUAUUUCUGUUGCCGCUAUAACAACAAAUACUAAAAACGGAAUAAAAUAAAUAUUUAAGAGGCUGUCAAUACCUAAAGCGCGCACACUGUCUAUUUGUAUCGAAGUAAAUGAGAUAGCACUGUCGCAUAUUACUGGGCCUGGGCAAGGGAAUAAUAAGAAAAAUAUUUAAAUAAAAAAAAGGAUUAUUAGUGUAAUAUUUUACUCAAUAGCGGUUUAGAUAUAAAUGUUUUGAAAUUGUGAUUUUAAUUGCAGACCCAUAAGUCAACAAUAAAGACAGAACCGUUUAAUUGUGAUUUUAAGACCAAUCUUUGCAAUUAUUUUCUAUCGAGCCGAUUUCGUUCAAUCAUGUAUCGAGUACAACCACGGUCUUUGAAAUAUAAUUAAUAUGAACAUAUAUUUUUCUUACUUGACUAAAACAAAUAGUCUUUCUUAAAAAACUGUUUAAGUAACAUCAAUUUCAAGGACAUUGGGUGUUGACAGCCUCUUAAGGGGGGCUCCCAAACAACAAACAUAUUUUUUUGCCGUUUUUAUAAAUAAUGGUACGAAACCCUUCGUGCGCGAGUCCGACUCGCACUUGGCCGGUUUUUAUACCAGAUUUCUUUCAAAAUGGGUGCGUCGCAGAAGUUCGUCGAAGAAGCGGCAGAACAAAACUAACUAACAAACCAUGGAUGACGUCACGUAACGUUUCAAUCAAUGGCGUCGCGUCGCGUUUCGCUCAUUAGCUUUUCGCGCGCAAUUUUUGUACUUUUUACUUAUUAUUUUAAGCAAUGAUAAUUUAAUAACGGAAAUGCAUUUGUAACAUGAUAUAACCGUAACAAUCUAUACCGUACCGUGUAAUCGGUCUAUGAUUCGAGCGUGUAUUUUUAUUAAAUUUGUAUGCCCAAUAGGCACGACAUAGUAAUACCCAAAGUCUAUGUAACAUCUUGCAAUCUACCUAUGUUGUACAAAUAAAAUCUUUGAAUCAUCCGAAUAAAAAAUAUUUCGUUCAAAUUUAAACUUCAUGUAUGAAUCCAAUUGAGAAGUCAUAUUUCUGGUGAAUUAAGUUGGCGAUAACAGAAUUAACAGAGGGCCUACCGCGAACCACGUUCGACGUGUUGCCUCCCUGUCACACUUACGUACGAAUUCACAAGUGCGACAGAGAGGCAACACGUCGAACGUGGUUCGCGGUAGGCCCUCAGGGCUAUAACCGCGAAAAUCGAAGUUCGUCGAUUGCAAGCAUUUUUCUCUGUCACUCUAAUUAGGUCUUAGUGAGAGUAAAGGAGAAAGAUCCCCGCAAUUUUCCAAAAUCGGUUUUCGCGGUGCGCUGAGGGCCGAAACUAGACCUGAGUGAGGGCCGUUAACCGGUGUUUUAGCUAGUUUAACGAUACAUUUUUUUUUUAUGAAUUAUGAGUUAAAGGUACAUCUGUAACCGUUAUGUUUACCUUACAUAACUUACUGUUCACAAUAUUCAUGUUAAUUGGCCUCAAAAUACCUUCCUAUCUAUCAUACAAAUGUCCUCGAAAUAUGACCCAAAAGUAAACGUUGUAUAAAAGGAAAGGAGUUUAUAUAUAUAUAUCUCUGAUGUUUCUAUGCCAAACACAAGAGACAGCACGAACUCGCCUAAGCUGGUCAAGUGAAUUACGGGUCAAUAACAGAACUCAUUAUUCAAAAAAUAUAUUUUACGACAGUCACUCGACGUUACCGAUGACGGCAUUAAUCGCGUAAAACUACCUUUAUAUUUUAUUUUUAUUAUACGAUCUAUAAUUUCAAUGUAACAACUCGGAAUAAAUACGAGUAUAUGUAUACGUACAUCUCUUGACUAUAAUUUUAAUUUUAUCGAGCUCAUUACGCACGAUUUGGCAGACUAUAGAAAAUAAAAUUAAUAUGUUCUUAAUUAUUUAAUACAAUACAUUUGUAUUAUUUAGUUAACAUUGAUGUACAUCCAUAAUGAAGUAUUUUGAUCGAUAAUUCGAUAUUAUUAUUUCGCGGCAACGCCUCCCCUCCAAUUUCCAACAUUCGAGCAGUGUUGCCAGAUCUCCUGUUUUUACAGGGAAUCUACUGUUUUCGGGGUAUGUUUACUGUACUACUGUUUUUUGAAGUUUAACAAAUUCAACAGCAGCAUGUUCAAAAAGACGCCAGAUUCCGAUUCCAAUUCUGAUAAUGAAGCAUAGUAUGUAAUUUGUAGCUUUCUAUUUAUAAGCAUCUAAUCCAAACGCAAUUGCGAACGUAAUCCAUCUCCAUUGAAGAAAGCAUGGUUGUGUUUAUAUCAGGGUUCUGUAUUGGUAUAAAAUUAGAGUCUGUUCGGAAAGAGAAGAGUCGUGGAAUGUAUGGGGUCCCAUACAUUCCACGACUCUUCUCUUUCCGAACAGACUCUGUAGGUAAAAAACUUAAGUAAGUCACCUGUUGUAUGUAGUUGUGACGUGUUCGAAUAGACAAUACAUGAAUACAUGUUUAAAACACACACACAAACAAAACAAAUGUCUAUUCGAACACGUCACAACUACAUACAACAGGUGACUUACUUAAGUUUUUUACCUAUACCUGGGUUUAUAUUAUACAUAACCUGGGUUUUAAUAAUUUGAUAUUUUCUUCAUUUGAAAUAUAAAAAAACGUCCUUAAAUCAAAAUAUUUGGUAAAAUAACUUAAAUCCACCUGUGUCCCAUUUCACGAAGCUACAAGUUAUAAUUUACAAGCGGAAGUCUCUUUAUAAUACAUAAGGUUAGAAAGAGACUUCCGCUUGUAAAUUGUAACUUGUAGCUUCGCAAAACGAGCCACUGGUAAGUUUUGUAACUUAAUUAUAAUCCUGAUAACUUUACAUAUAAAUAAACUACCUAAAGUGUCCAACAUACAUCCGUUCAAAUUCAAAAGGUCAUUUAUAAAGGGAUAUUUUGCGGCACUUACGUCAUUUUACUAUGAUUUUUGAGUUAUAACUCAAAAACGGCUGAACUGAUUUUAUUAGAUUACAGGAGACGGAGGAGACCUCAUGAGCAUUUUUUAUAGUGAACGAAACUAAGAUAAAAUAUCUACUACAUACUUUUUCUCGGUUUCGUUAAACAUAAAUCUUCACUUGGCACUUCAAAAUAAUGAGUAUAAACAGGAUUUGCUCUAUACAAUACCUACUAUUUAUCUUAAAGUUAGGUCAAAUAAAAAAAAAUACACGUAAGGUUAUGUGGGAGAGGGGGGGGGGGAAUAGCCAAGAAUCUCACCAAAUAUCACCAAGGGGGAGGGAGGUCAAAAAAGUAGCCGAAAAAACCGCGCGUGAUUUGUGCACCUUGUGUACGGAACCCUAAAAAACCGUUUUGUUCGCUGUUAAAAUUAAUAAAAAUUAAAAAGUAGAGGAAAUAUAAUAAUUAAAAGAUGACUUUUGGUAAAUGUUGUGAAAAAAGUUGAUGUUCUUUUAAUCAAUCUGUUUUUUAACACAUCUUUUGAUUGGACCUAAUGGACCUGGCACUGGCAACACUGUAUUUCACUUCAUCACCAUCAGUCAUCAUCAUCACUCAUCAGAAGAGAAUCGCAGGCAGUUGGCACAGAGUACUAAAGAGUAUAUUAAUUACAUAUUAAUAUAUGUAUAGCAGAGCACAGAGGCACAUUAAAACUGCCAUAAAGGACUGAUCAUUGUAUUACACGAUUGUGCUCAGGGAUUUGGAAUAAGAAAAAAAUCAUCGUAUCAUUGUCUGUGAAUUAAUCAGAAAGAACGCAGUCACUGGAGUUCAGGUGCACAGCCACAAAAGAGAUCAUAUGGAAUUAUUCAUAAAUAAGCAUUUUAAUUUCACUGGAUAUCUUACCCUCUUUACCGGAACACAGCAGUGCCAACACUGCUGGUUAGCGGCAGGAUUAACGGGUAAUAUAAAAUGUUUUCUCUGGUGAAAUUCAACAACGAUGAAUUGCAAAUAGUACCUACAAAACGUGUGCAAAUUGGCAAAAACAAACAAUGCACAGUAAACUGCAAAGGAUCGAAAUAUUCUGCAGUCGUACUUAAAUUACAUGAUUCGAAAGAAAUAUUGGAAAAAGAAAUUGAGAAUGAUAACUUAAACAAAUAUGCACACAAUAAAAAUGAGGACAAUAAAAUGUUAUUGCCUGCGAACUGUGAAUCGUCUGAAAACUUAAAAGAGAUAUUGGAAAAAGAAAUUGAGAAUGAUAACUUGAAAACCAAGAAGACAAGAAAAAAGAAAAGACAGGCUGUACACAAUAAAAAUAAGGACAAGACUAUUUUAUUGCCUGCUGACUGUGAAUCGUCUGAAAACGUUUCGAAAGAGAUGGCUGUACCCAAUAAAAAUAAGGACAAUACAAUUUUAUUGCCUGUUGACUGUGAAUCGUCUGAAAACGUUUCGAAAGAGAUAUUGGAAAACGAAAUUAAGAAUGAUAAUUUGAAGACCAAGAAGGCAAAACAAAAGAAAAGAAAUCUGUUGAGAGUGAAACUUACAGAUACUCUUGAUAUCGACAAGGCUCGAAAUAGUUCGUUAAGAAUAAUAUGCGAUACAGUAAUUACAGGAGGACAGCCUGUCCAUAAUAAAAAUGAGGAUGAUACAUUUAUUGACACAAUUUUAUUGCCUGAAAACUGUGAAUCGUGUGAAAACGUUGCCGAUUUGCCUUUAGAACAGUUGAUAAAAAAAUAUGAUUUCGAUUCUAAUAUAGAGACUGUUGACCAGGAAAUGGGAGCUGAGAUCUCUUACUGUCACUUGUCUCCUGUUGAUCCUGAAAUAGAAUUUGAAAUUAGCACUGGACAUGAUGAAUUAGCACCUAUUAAUGUUAGUAAAACACUUACCAAUGCGAGUGAUUCUACUUAUGUACCAGAUCAGACGACAUCUGUAAAAGAUAUUUCCCAAAUUUCACAAAAAUCUGAAACUUUUAACAAAUGUUUACCUGUAGAUGUCAGAAAAGUUACUGUUCCACAGUCAAAAACGUCAGACACAAGAAGAACAAAAAAAUAUUUUUGUCCAUUUUGCAAUAAACUUCAAACAAAAUUUGCUAGACACCUAGAACUUCUUCAUUAUUCUUAACCUGAAGUAAAAAAGUUAUAAAGCUACCGAAAAAAAAUCCUGAAAGACAAAAAAUCAUAGAGACCAUACGCAAAAACGGUAAUUAUAUUCAUAAUACUCAACCCCAACAUAAUACAGGAAUACUCAUUACAUGUAGACAGCAAGUGCAUAAUGAAAAUUCUGCAGAAGACUAUGUAUGCUGUAAUACCUGUAAGGGUUUCUUUUCAAAAAGAACUUUGAGACUACAUUAUCGUAAUUGUGGCGAAAAAAACUACAAGAAAGGUGCUAAGCAGACGAUGAUAAUGGGACGACGAAUUACAGGAUACAUUCAUCCUCGAGCAAAUAUAUGUCUUCGAAGGAAAGUAUUUCCAGUGUUACGGGAUGAUUCAAUAACAAGACUAAUAAAAUAUGACGAAUUAAUAAUAAUCUUUGGAAAUAAAUUGUGUGAAAAAUACACUUUGGAGCAUCAACAUGACAUGAUCAGAAGUCAUCUUAGACUCUUAGGGCGUUUUUUAACGGCUGUCAAGGAAAAGGAUAAAAACAUUGCCGAUUUAUCUUCAGUGUUCCAGCCCAAAUUUUUCGACACUGUAUUAGAGGGUAUAAAGAUAUGCGCUAGCUAUGACCCGGACAAGAUGAUGUAUGCAGCACCAUCGGUAGCAACUACAAUCGGAACAUUAAUAAAGAAAUGCCUAAAAAUGCAUAUGUCUGAGUGUAUUAAGACCCAAAAUGAAACUGCGAAAAAAGCUGCAGAAGAUUUUCUUAUUUUAUUUGAAGAAGACAUACCAACCACCAUUAAUAAAAAAGUCUUCGAAGAUCAAUUAAAAAAGAAAAGAGAAAAAGUUGUUCAGCUACCAACAAUAAGUGAUAUUUCUUCUUUAUACUCCUUCUUGAAAACAAAGAUGUCAGAAGCCUAUGAUGCCCUCGAAAAACAAUUUACCCUAGAAUCAUAUAAUACUUUAGCUGAGAGUACAUUAGUUUUGCUUCAAACUUUCAAUAGACGCCGAGCAGGAGAAAUAGAAAGGCUUUUAAUAUCAGAUUACAAUAAACAAGAAACGGUUGACAAGAAUGUGAAUUCCGAUGUAUAUGAUAACAUAUCUCCAGAGUCACGAAAAUACGCACAAAAAUUUGUAAGGAUUACCAUACGUGGUAAACUUGGUAGGGUUGUGCCAGUUUUGUUAGAUGCAUUCAUUGUAAAAUGUAUAGAAAAACUGAUGAAAUUACGACAUAAAGCUGGAUAAGUUCUGAAAACGAAUAUAUCUUUGCAGCUGCAUCAAAAGAUGGUAACAAAAAGAACUAUUUACGGGCUUGUCCUCUUAUGCGCAAGUUUUCAGAGGAGUGUGGAGCCAAGAUGCCUACUACACUUCGAGGAACGACUCUAAGAAAGCAUGUAGCAACUUAUUCAGCUAUACAAGGUAUUGAAGAGCGUGAAGUAACUGAUCUUGCAAAUUUUAUGGGACAUCACAAAGAUAUCCAUAAAAGUGUUUAUCGAGUGCCAGUACCACUGAGAGAUUUGGCCAAUGUGUCAAAAAUAUUAGAAAAUGCUAUGGGUAAUUGCGAAACCAAUGAUGACGAUAAAUGCAGCAACAUUUUCGAUAAAUCUACAAGCACACCCACAGAAAACAAUCGUAUAGACAAAUCCAUAACAUCUCUCAAUCGCAGUAAACUUGUUAUCACCGACGAUUCAGUUUCCAGUGAGUCCAACGAACUUAGCCACAAAACUAACGAAAGUGAGGAUAAGCCUAUAAAGAAGUUGCUAAAGCGCAGACGACGCAUUGUUUCUGAUGAUUCACUUUCAGGUUCAGAACAACAAAGAGAACCAAUUGAGCCAAAUGAUCCUGAACCUGAUAGCUUUACAGAUGGUACAAAUCGUCGUAGUACUUCUCCAUUUGGUAAAACCAAACGGGUAAGAUGGAACAGUGAUGAAAAAUUUGCAAUUGCCGAUUGUUUUGGUGAUCCCACCAAAUGUUCCAAAUUGCCUUCAUUGAACGCAUGUUUUGAAGCCACCAAAAAGUACACAGCUUUGAAAAGUCGAACCCCGCAGCAAAUUAAGACCUGGAUUGACAACCAAAGAAAAGCUAAAACUCGCUUGGAAGUAUAUAAGCUUAAAUCAAGAAAAUAUUAAUAUUACUGUAAUAAUGUUUAAAUAUAUUAAUGACAGUGAAUAUGUUAAUAGGCAGGUCCACACAGAGCGAACAUACGCGCGAAGCAAUUUCCGCGCGUUUUCCUCGCCCGAGCGCGCUGCCUCGGCCGAGGCACGAUUACACUGGCAGUUUUGUGCGCGAGGAAAUUGCCUCGCGCGUAUGCUCGCUCUGUGUGGACCCGCCUAGUGACUAAUAGAGGAGCAUCAUCACUCACAUACACUUACAAGCACACAACACACACGCGACCUCGUCUGUCGCCUACGCUACAUGUACUCACCCUACUCAUGGAAAUUGAGUUGCCCUCAAGUAGACACACCUAUAAUAGUACAUUACGAUACAAGUGCGAAAAAUAGGAAAUUCGAAACGAGUGGCGAUAAAUUAAAACACGACCGAAGGGAGUGUUUUAAAUCGACACGAGUUGCGAAUUACCUAUUCGCACAUGUAUCGUACAACGUUUUACAGUACAUAUGGCCCUUUAAAUGUUCGACACAGUAACGUAAUAUGCUACUUCUCGCACUAGUGCUAUAAAGUAGCCCCAUAUGUACUGUAAAAUAACUUAUCUUUUUUACCAAGGCACCAAUCAUCGGUAUUGGGGUCGGGUGGUACCGUUAGCUGCUAUUUUUUUCUACAUAUAGACUCCUGUCUAUACCUUCCACACCAUGGUGUAGAGUAUUGACACCUCUAAUACCUAAGUAAGGUGAGAAAGCUUUGUCAAGCUCUACCCCAAAAGGCGGUAGAACCUGGAAUCGCCAGGGAGCAAUUUCUUCCCAGUUUACAGUUGCAUCAAGACGGACCUAAUUUGGUUCCGCACACUUGUAAACAGCUUCUAUUCCUGUUAAUAUUAUAGAUAUGUACAUAGCUACUGUUCAUAGUAUACAUAACACAUUACAUUAGUUACAAGCAUUGUAACACCGUUGGUUACAUUUUUGUUGCAAUAUGUAUAGUACAAAGUUCUUUAAGUCAGCGGGAUUUCAGCACUAAUUACCAUUUUCAUUGGGUAUGGAAAGUAGUUAGUUAUGAUGUAAGCUAAGUAAGAUGAAUAAGCUAACUAAGUAGCAAGUUGGUUCUUGUUGUAAUUGGCAUAGGUCAAAAAUAGUAUAAUGUGAAUACUGUAUGUUAUGCAAAAUUUGGUAAUAUUGAUAGGCCUAGAAAUACAUUUUCUAGUUAAUAUAAUUAUAAUGUAUAUAUUUUUAGCAAUUAAAAUUGAUACAUUAGUUAAGUCAUUGGUGAUAUUACGGUUGGUCUCAGUUUUCCGGAAAUUUGGGCUAUCCCAAUUUUUUUUGUUUUCAAUAUGCUUGUACAGUUGUUAACAACGCUAAUAUAUUUUCGUUUGUUCUUGCCUUGUGUUCCAGUAACUAUCACGAUGUUUUAUGGCUAGCCAUAGAAAAACGGGUGUCAUUACUUUUCUACCUAUUGUUUUAAACAUUCCAUACCGCUGUGGGUAACAUAUUUCAUACAUUUGUGUUUUCUGUCAACAGAACCACAACGAGAUGUUCUGCAACUUUUCUUUCAACAGCAAGAGACUAACUCCAUAUCUUUGAUUACUAUCAGUUAUUUUGAGGAUGUAAUGAGGAGGACUGAGAUCCCCAUUCGGCAUCUUCCACCCACAUUCGACAAGUGGAGGUAAUCUUUAAAUAGCUGAAUGCCAAUAUCAGCAAAGGGCUUGAUAAUUUGCCCUACGUAGGUGGUGGCCAAGUACGAGUUUUGUUGGCGGCAAUUUGUUAAGUUACUUUACAUGUUGGAACAUGACUGCCCGUAAGUCGUUGAUCUCUUUGAACAUGUAAAAUAACUGGAAAAUUGCCGCCAGCAAGACACGUGCUCAGCCACCACAGUCAGACAUAUUAUCAAGUACUUUGCUAGGAUACUGUUGACACAGCCACUCAAUGUAGAAUGGGCAUCUCAGCCCAUUACAUCCUCAAAAGAACCAAUAUCAAAUAUCUCUUGCAGUUCAAACAUCUCGUUGUGGUUGUACCGACAGAUAACGCAAAUGUAUGCUUUAAUCAAGAGACAUUCAAUCCACUAAGGUGUGUAUCUUUUUAAUUACAUUAUUAAAUAAAAAUUGAUAUUUUAAGAAA